UUAUAGAGCGAUUUGCUUCCUAAAAGGCAAAACAAAACCAACUUUGUCCGAGUGUGUUCUUACCAUUUUCAGCAGUUCAAUUCAUUAUAUAUAUAUAUAUAUAUAUAUACACACACAUAUAUAUGUAUAUAUAUUAUAUUUUGCAGCUCAAGUACAAACUCCUCUCAUGUUUCUUCGGCGGCUGGCAGUUGCAUUUCCUUGUUCUAGAAGGUUUCUUAGCAGUAAUAGCAGCCAUGAUCUCGCAAGUGCUAUAAUGGAGCUCAAUAAGGAAAUGGAAUCAGUAUUUGGUGAACCUCCUUCAAAUUCUCUUGUCAGUUCAGAAAGUAACAAUUACACAGCUCCAGAACCACGCUGUACUGCUCAAAAGGACGGAGAAAUCGCAAUCGGUCUAACCCAUGUAGGGAGUACAAGGAAAGCCCAAAUGGUGGACGUUUCUUUCAAAGGAAAUAGCAAGAGAACUGCCGUUGCUAGUUGCAAGGUGAUCCUUGGAAAGAAGGUGUAUGAUUCGGUAUUAGCCAACCAGAUUGCUAAGGGAGAUGUCCUUAGUGUGGCAAAAAUCGCAGGGAUAAGCGGUGCAAAGCACAUCAGUAAUCUCAUUCCACUAUGUCACAACAUAAUUAUGAGCCAUGUUCGCGUCGAUCUGACGCUGAAUCCUGAGGAUUGGAGUGUGGACAUUGAAGGGGAAGCAGCAUCAACCGGGAAAACCGGGGUUGAAAUGGAAGCUUCGACGGCUGUGAGCGUGGCUGGGCUAACGGUGUAUGAUAUGUGCAAGGCUGCUUCAAAAGAUAUCAGGAUUACGGAUGUACGUUUGGAGUGCAAAACUGGUGGGAAGAGCGGGGACUGGUCCAGACAAGAAUAGUAGAGAUUUUGUUGUAUUUGAGAUUCCCCCCA